UCUCACUCCAUUUAAAAUCAAACCCCUCUUCUUUCUCCUCUCCUCCCCUCUUCUCUCCCCACUCCUCUCCUCUCCUCUCUCCUUUCUUCCCUCCCUCACCACCUCACCAUGGCUGGGUUCCUGCUCUCGUCAGCCAGCACAGCAGCCUCCGUGGCCUCUGCUACAGUGUGGUUCCUCCCGGCCCUCCUCGCUGCCAUUGCCUAUUACAAGUACGAUGAGGUGGAUCCCGAGUCACGCCCCAUCAACACACGCAGGCUGCUUAGAGAGUAUGACUUCGUGGUUGUGGGCGCUGGUUCUGCAGGGGCUGUCAUCGCGAACCGCCUAUCUGAGAACCCGUCAUGGCGUGUGCUGCUGCUGGAGGCUGGCGGGGACGAGACGGAGAUCAGUGACGUCCCUGCGCUGGCCGGCUACCUUCAGCUCUCCAAGAUGGACUGGAGAUACAAAACAGAACCUCAGGACUCGGCAUGUCUCGCUAUGGCUGGCAGGCGGUGCAACUGGCCACGAGGAAGGGUGAUGGGCGGCUCCUCUGUGCUCAACUACAUGCUGUACGUACGAGGCAACAGGCGGGACUACGACCAGUGGGAGGCGCUGGGCAACCCUGGCUGGGGAUACGACCACGUUCUGCACUACUUCAAGAAAUCAGAGGACAACAGGAACCCUUACAUCGCCAAGAACGGUCACUACCACAGCACGGGGGGUUACCUGACGGUGCAGGAGGCCCCUUGGAGGACGCCCCUGGCCACGGCUUUCAUCGAGGCAGGAGUGGAGAUGGGAUACGAGAACAGGGAUUACAAUGCGGAGUUCCAGACAGGGUUCAUGAUUCCACAAGGCACUCUGCGACGAGGCUCCCGCUGCUCCACCAGUAAGGCCUUCAUCCGCCCUGUCCGGCUCAGACCAAACCUCCACGUCGCCAUGCAUGCCUUCGUGACCCAGGUGGUGGUAGACCCUCACACACGGCGGGCCCAGGGCGUGAGGUUCCUGAGGGCGGGGCAGAACCAGGUGGUGUACGCCCGCAAGGAGGUGGUGCUGAGUGCUGGGGCCAUCAACUCCCCACAGCUGUUGAUGCUUAGCGGACUGGGACCAAAGGCACAGCUGGCGUCUUUUGGAAUUCCAGUACUGCAGGAUCUCCCUGUAGGACACAACCUGCAAGACCACAUAGGAACAGGGGGUCUUGUGUUCCUCAUUGACAAGAAGGUCUCUCUGGUACAGACCCGAUAUGAAAACCUUCCCUCUGUGCUGAAAUAUGCUAUGUUUGGAUCAGGUCCCCUCACAGUGCUGGGGGGAGUCGAGGGCCUGGCGUUCGUCAAGACAAAAUUCGCCAACUACAGCGAUGAUUGGCCUGACAUUGAGUUCCAUUUCAUCUCGGGCUCCCCUGCGUCAGACGGUGGCCGGCAGAUUCGGAAAGUCCAUGGCCUCUCUGACAGGACGUGGGACCAAAUGUUUAAACCAAUCGCCUUCCGGGACAGCUGGUCAGUGUACCCCAUGCUGCUGCGGCCCAAGUCACGUGGCUACAUCACCCUUAGGUCAGCCAGCCCCUUCGACAAGCCUUACAUCACACACAACUACCUCACACACCCACAGGACAUCAAGGUUAUGGUCGAAGGCAUCAAGAUUGGCCUAGCGCUGACAGAGACACAUGCGUUCAGGAAGUUUGGCUCUCGCUUCUACACACGUCCCAUGCCUGGCUGUGAGCACGCUGCUUUAUGGACUGACACCUACUGGGAGUGUCUGGCCCGUCACUACACCUCCACCAUCUACCACCCUGUUGGCACCUGCAAAAUGGGACCUUACUGGGAUCCCGGCGCUGUUGUAGACCCAGAGCUGAAAGUGUAUGGCAUCUCUGGCUUACGAGUCGCGGACGCCUCCAUCAUGCCCACUCUGGUCUCGGGAAACACCAAUGCUCCGGUAAUCAUGAUCGGGGAGAAGGCUGCCGACCUCAUCAAGGAGUACUGGGUUGGCAGAUGAUGAAGGGAGUGUGUUAGUGUCCCUCUCCUCUAUCGCUGUCACCCUUAGUAUAAUGAAAGAGAAGAAGUAAUAGCAAGGUUGUUAGAUGAUGCAGGAGUGUGUCAGCUUCCCUCUCCUCUAUCACCGUCACCUGUUGAUAGAAAAUAAGUUUGUAUAAUGAAAGAGAAGUAUUAGCAGGUUGGCAGAUGAUGCAGGGAGUGUGUGAGCUUCCCUCUCCUCUAUCACUGUCACCUGUUGAUUGAAAGUUAGUUUGUAUAAAGAAAGAGAAGGAGUACUAGCAGGAGUGUAUUAGUGUCUCUCUCCUUUUCUGCCCUCAUCAUCCCUUGCAUCAUGAAAGAGAAGAGUUUAGUGGAGUGUUGGCAGAUUGGUGUGUGUGGUUCCUCUCCUUCUCUGCUGUCAUCACUUUUUGCUAGAAAAUUAAUUAGUACUGAGUUGCUGGAUGGUGAAGGGAGUGUGUUGGGAUCCCUCUCCACUGUCACCAUCACCCUUUGCUGGAAGAUGAGUUUAUGAAAGAGAAGAGUUUAAUGGACAAUUUGUAGAUAAUGGUGUGUGUUAGUGCCCUACCCAUUCUCUUUCACCAUCAGCCUUUGCAAGAAAAUGAGUCAAUGAAAGAAGAGUUUAAUGGUGAGUUGGUAGAUAAUGGUGUGUCCUUCCCAUUCUCAUCUUAAUCAAUGGAAGAGGAAGCAUUGUUAAGACACCAAGGGAACUGAACCUCACAGAAAAAUAAGAUAAGCAAUGGAAGAAUCAAAGAAACCACAACAACUACUUAAUACCACACAGUAACAGAAAUAGAUUAGAUAAACAAUGGAAGAAGAAGAAGAAGCAUCAUUAAGACAUUAAGCAAAUUAAACUUCACAGAUAAGAUAAGAUAAGAUAAGCAAUGAAAGAAUAAAAGAAAACACAACUACUUAAUUCCACCAAGUAAAGAAAAAUAAAUUAGAAAAACAGUGGAAGGAGAAGAAGCAGGAUUAACAAGACACUAAGCAAAUUAAACCUCACAAAUAUGAUAAAAUAAGCAAUGAGAGAAUAAAAGAAAACACAACCACUACUUAAUUCCACACACUAACAGAAAUAGAAUAAACAAUAGGAGAAGAAUGACUCACUAAAGCAUUCACACCAAGAAACACAAUGCAGACACACACCUACCCAAGAGUUCCAGCCAAGACUACUUACUCCCCACGGCUGAAGAGAAUAGAAACUUGGAGCCUUCAAGCAAAUCAACACUGCAUCUUUGAAUAUCCAGCCAUAGAAUAGAAGUAGAUAAAGGGAAAGAGUGUAGGAGAGUGGGAUUUCAGACUUGCUUUCCAUGAUAAGAGUGUCUGUGUGUGUGUUUGGGUUUAAAGAGUUAGAAUGUGUAAAGAUAAGACCAUGUGUUGUGUGUUACUGUGUUUGCUAUCAUUGUUAUUGUUGAUUUUCUGAGCUGUGUUGUACGGUAUGUGUGUGUGUGUGUGUUUGUUCAAUAUAAGAAUACUGGCAUUAUCUUUUUAGAGUUACUCAGUGUAGAUAAGAGUUAUUUGGGUUAUUUAUUAUGCAUAUUUGUGAAGAAUGAAGGACUUUUAACUGCAAGACGAUUAAUUACAAAAGUGGUGUGUGUCUUUGUGAUUGUUCCCUUCCCUAAAUGAUAAUGUUGCUGUGUGUGUGUGUGUGUGUGUGUGUGUGUGUGUGUGUGUGUGUGUGUGUGUGUGUGUGUGU